AUGCAUCAGCCCAUUCCUGGUCAUUAAAUGACUUACUAAUAGCAGAAACAACCUCACAGAGAGACAUUAGUAGUCGCAAAAGAUUAUCUUGCUGUGAAAUAGUAGCCUAAGAUAAUGGUAUUGUUUGGAACUGAGUAGUUGCUUUUCUCAGAUAAAAUUAAGAAGAUCAACAUGUUUGACUGGGUGUAGGAAAGAAUGCUCGUUAUUACAACCGAGCAUCUGUAUAAUAUCAAAAAGAAUAAAAUCAAGAGAAAAAUUGCUAUCGUGAAAAUUGGAGGAGUGUCAAAGACUGUCUAGCCAGGUAGAGGGGAAUUUACUAUUCAUGUACCUUCUGAACGCGAGGAAAUUAUAGAGAUACUUAAGAACAGAUUCUUAGAAAAACUAUCUCUCAAUCUCCCAAUUUUUGGCAUUGAAAGACCCAACUUAAAAGAGUUUACUACAACUGAAAAGGAUGCCAAAAGAGGUUAAAACAGAUUUCCGCCCAUCUAGUUCAGGAUUAAGACUGAGGAUAUUCUAAGAGAGAGUGAUACUUAGCUUGGGAAGCAGGAAAUUAUAGAUAAUAGUUUUACUGUGCUUGAUGAUUAUCAUGGAAUCGCUUAGCUGAGAAGUCAAUAAUUCUAAGAGUCAAAGAACUUUGAAGAGACUGAAGAUGAUGAUGAAGAACCAGAUGAAUAUGAUACUCCUAACUAAGAUAGCAGUGCCAGAGCUACAAUGAGAGCUGGAGGCAAAUUAAUCUUUACCAAGAAACAAGACUCAGUUAAGUUGCAAGAUUUUGUGAUUAAGAAGAUGGUUGGUAAAGGUACCUUUGGCAAAGUUUUCCUUGUUCAGAAUUAACACACUCAAAAGAUUUACGCAAUGAAAUGUAUUAGGAAAGAUGUUAUCAUUGAUAAUGAAUAAUUUGACAACAUUAAAUUGGAAAAAGAUAUUUUGUACAAUAUUGAGCAUCCAUUUAUUGUCGGAAUGGAUUAUGUGUUUCAAAACGACUUCCGUAUAUAUUUCAUCAUGAAUUUCAUUAAAGGAGGAGAGUUAUUUAGGCAUUUGGUUAAAGUUAAGAGGUUUAAUGAAGAACAGGCUAGAUUUUUUAUAGUUUAAAUAGCUAUCGCACUAGGACAUUUACACUCAAAGAACAUUCUAUAUAGAGAUUUAAAACCAGAAAAUAUAUUAUUCGGAGAUGAUGGCUAUCUUUUCUUAGCAGACUUCGGCUUAGCAAAGCUUGUAACUAAAAAUGAACUAGCUAACUCUUUCUGUGGAACAGCUGAAUAUCUAGCCCCUGAAAUGCUCAUUGGGUCAGGCCAUGAUCACACUGUCGAUUGGUGGGCUCUAGGUAUUCUAUUGUAUGAGAUGAUGGUAGGUAUUCCACCAUUUUUCCAUAGAAAUAAGCAUAGAAUGUAUUUCUUGAUCAAAGAAAGUUAGGUCAAUUUCCCAGAUCCAAUCAAGCAUGGGAUUGAAGUAUCACCAGUUGCUAAGGAUCUGAUUAAGAAGCUGCUUGACAAGAAUAGAAAAAAGAGACUGGGGUCACAAGGGGAUGUAAGUGAAAUCUUAGCACAUCCUUUCUUUCAAGGAGUGGACAUUGAAAAGAUCAUGAAUAAGUAGAUUUAGCCCCCAUACUAUCCCGAAAUAGGCGAUGAUUUGAAGUAUUUUGACUAGAAAUUGACUGGCAGGGAAGAUUUUGCUGAGUCUGUAAUCGAUGAAUCUAAUCUAAAAUUAAUCCAGUAGAAUCAGCAUAUCUUCAGAUAACUGUGA